UUCUGACUUUACCACGUCCCGGCAAUGUAAACAGGGAAUGUCGACUGUCACAGGAGUGUGGUGAAGAGAUGACUAGUUUUUACAGAAAAUAAGGGAUAACUGGGUAACGCUGAAAUUGAUGAACAUUUUUUCGACCAAUCAAACUGCUUUAGAAUAACUAAACCACUCGAAAAAUUUAGCAACCACUUCAAAUAACCUAAAACGAUUUCGUAUGCCUUGACUCUGGCAGACUUCCUAAUUGUAAGUGAUGUUUGAUUAAUCCUAUGAAAUGGAAGAAGAAAAUCCAGAAACAACAAGGGAACUCCACGAGACAUCUCUAUAUCAGGAGAUCAGGCCCACACAGUGGCCCAUCAUCUAUUCUCCAGAAUACAACAUUGGGUUCCUUGGAUUGGAGAAACUUCACCCAUUUGAUGCAGGAAAAUGGGGGAAGGUUUAUGGAUUCUUGAAAGAUGCGGGGAUGAUCCGUGAUGACACCACGGUGAGGGCUACUGAGGCCACAGAGAGGGACUUAUUGGUUGUUCACACCAAGGGAUACCUCAAUAACCUGAAACUGUCAUCUAUUAUUGAGGGAGUGGAUGAGUGGAGCAUCAACGUCGCCCAGAUAACAGAGGUGCCACCAGUGGCCCUCCUCCCGAAUUUCAUUGUACAGAGGAAGGUGCUCCGUCCAUUCAGAUACCACACAGGUGGCACCAUCCUGGCAGGAAAGCUUGCCCAGGAAAGAGGAUGGGCCAUCAACAUUGGAGGGGGGUUCCAUCACUGCUCGGCUGACCGGGGAGGGGGCUUCUGUGCUUACGCCGACAUCACUCUCUCCAUCCACUUCAUGUUUGAUCGACUGCAGGGAAUCUCCAAGGUCCUGAUCAUUGAUCUAGAUGCUCAUCAGGGGAAUGGACAUGAGCGAGACUUUAUGGACGACAAAAGAGUGUACAUAAUGGAUGUGUAUAACAGGGGGAUCUAUCCCCACGAUGGCUAUGCAAAACGUGCCAUAAACAAGAAGGUAGAACUCCAGCACUUUACAGAUGACAAAGUUUACCUGGCUCUGGUUGACAGACACACCAAUGAGGCUUUGGAUGAGUUUCAGCCGGAUGCGGUGGUCUAUAACGCCGGGACCGAUAUACUGGAGGGGGACCCCUUGGGCAACCUCUCAAUCACUGCUCAGGGAAUCAUUGAAAGAGACAGACUUGUGUUCAGUCAUGUGCGAAGUCGAAACAUUCCAAUUCUGAUGGUAACCAGUGGAGGAUAUCAACGAAGCACGGCUCGCAUUAUAGCAGACUCUGUCCUCAAUUUGAAAAAACAAGGUCUAAUUCCAUGUGAGGAGGCGGAAAAUGCCCCUAAACCUCGAAUCGCAAUUCCUAGAAGUCAAAGUGAAGGAUUCUUGGCUCGAUUUAAAAGGACUUGUCAAUCACAACCAGAGACCAAUCAAAACGCUGCCAGCCCAGAAGGAGGCUCCUCAUUGACUGACACAUAAGAUAAGAAGUUGUGCCUCCAAUUCUGUGAUAUUGAUUGAUUGAUGCUGACUGAAGAUAGUGAUAUUUAUUGUUAUCUGUUUAUAUUUAUUUGUUUGUGUAUGUUUCAGCUUUGUCCAUACAGUUUGUAUGAUGUCUCUUGUGAAUGUAAAUCUACAUAAGAAUCAACAUUAAAAAAAUAUAUUACAUAUAUAUACAUGUAUAUGAAUAUUUUGAAACCAUGUUAGUUGUAUUUUAUGUGUACAUUUGUAUUAUCUUUUCAAAAUGAUUUUCAUGAUUUUAAAAUGAAAACCAAAAUAAUAUUCAACAGAAAAUUUGAGAAAUACAAAACCAUUCUAAAACAGUUUUGGCUGUAAAUAAAUACAAUUGUAUUGCAUGCACAUGACUGUUUUUUAAAACACUAUGAUCUUUUGUAAUAUUUUCAAAUAUUUAAAAAAUAUACUUUCCCGGCACUUUUUAUUGAUUUUAUAAAUGAAACCAGAAUGAAUAAAAGAUAAUACAUGCAUCUUCAAUCAGGUUAUCCAUUCAAACUCAAAACAUGAAUUUAUAUUAACUUUGUUUAAUAAGCGCACGUACAUAAUAGUACAUGUAUGUGCCUUUUUUCAGUUUGAACGUAAAUUAUACUUGUAUAUUUAUUAUAUGUAAAUCCAUGUCUGUGUGCCAUCACACUCUGUUUGCUUUUUUAAGUGCAAUACAUUCAAAUGUCCAGAACUGUUCAUUCUUGUAUUUUAAUUGUAUCAGAAUUAUUUAUGCUCAUAGCAUGUUUUUUUUCUCAAUGAGAUUAAUUGCUUUACUUGUUUUGGAAAUGCUUUUAUUGCAAUCUUUAUUCAUCACACCUUAAACACUUGAGUAGCUUACUUUGUGUUUAAUAGUGUUGUGUUGUGAAUUCAUAUAUUUUAUAAUCUUUGCUGAAGUGCCAAAAAAGAAUGCAACAAUUUUUUUUGAAAAUGCCUUCUGAAGUGUUAAAUUUGGCUGACAAGCAGUCAUUUACCUGAUCAUGAAUAUACAUGUUUAUCAAACUUAAUGUGAAAUGUUUGAGUGCAUGGUUGGUUAGCACUAAUCUGAUUUUUUAUUUUACCAAAUAUUGUAAAGUUUUGAUUCAUGUCCAUGUCCAAUGCAUCUCCAGUUUUAACUGUGAAAUCAACAACCCUUGGUCAGUGCUUAAUAUCUAAGCAUGUUUGGCUGAUAUAUUAAAUUAUGUAUUCAGGUUCAUAUAUACACAAUUCUUAAUUCAGAUAUAAUUAAGACACAGCUUUUGUCAAUCUUAAUUAUUAUAAGUGUAAAUGCACUUGAUUGACUUUUAUGUACACAUAGGGGACCAAUAAAACCAAAUUGUAUAUUGUUUUUCCAGUUACCUUAUUGAUUUAUUGAUGAACAAAGUAUUAUAUGAGAGAGAGAGAGAGAGAGAGAGAGAGAGAGAGAGAGAGAGAGAGUAUUUUAAUAUACAGUGCUUGCUAUAAAAUGUUCAAUCUCUGGUAAUUAAUUGCCAUAUUUUUUAGAUUCAAUUCAAAUCAUCUGGUUAGAUAGAUGUACAUUGUAGUACAUAAAAUUUAAUUGAAAAUUUUGAAAUGUAUAGUUAAGUAAUUCAUAAAAUGCAGUCUAUAUUUUCCUAAUCCUGUUUGAAAAUAACAAUCAUAGGAAAAAUAGAGUGUGAAUGGCACAAAGUAUUAGAUGUGUAUAUAUAUACAAUUUUUCUUAUUAGGUAUAAUUUUGAAACUAAUAUUGUGAAUACAAAAGUAUGUGCUUUGGGGGAAAAAUGCAUUCCUUGUGCAAAAGAAAAAAACAAACUACAUGUAUUUUUUAUUUGAAAAAUAAAAAAAAAAGUAUGUUAUUUUGAA